UCCAGCGUGAGUUGUUUAGAGAAAGUGCUAUUAGAGUUAAAAUUAUCUAUGGAUACCUAGUUCUCGUUUUCAAGUUGAUUCAAUGGCUGCUGACUCUAAAGGUACUGUGUUCACUUUGCCGGCUUCAGUUAUAGAAAAUGAAAUUGUUCACAAUAUUGAUGGACGUAUCACUGCUGCAAUUGCACCUACUGAAAGAAUCUGGGGAGAUGAUUCAAAGUUAGAAAUUCAGAAAAAAGUUUUCAACUGUAAGAGUAAAUUCCACAUGGGGCUGCAGUUGCAGAUCAAUCACCUGCCGAGAAAUGUGACAGAAAGUGAAAUUCUAGAACUGCUACAAGACUUUCCUGUGAAAAAUGUUAAACUUAUUAAGGGUGAAUCAACCUCCAGUAUGGCAAUAGUGAUUUUUGAACAUUUUGAAAUUUUGGAAGAUUGGGACUGUAAACGGGUUUUUCUUCUAAGGGGUCAAAACAUAUCAGUAGAACCAAGUUUAAGUAAACAUGUUUUAUGUGUUGCCAGAUUACCACUUGAUUUAUCAGAAAAACAGUUUACAUUACUAACCAGUGCUUAUGGUGACAUUAAAUGGCAUUUUUUGAUGAUUGAUGAAAAAACUGGUAAAAGUAAAGGAUAUGGUUUUGUAGAGUAUGUGACUGAAGAAAGUGCUCUUCAAGCAAAGCAAAUGCUUGAAAAUAAAAUAUUUGGCACUUUUACAUUAGAUUGUGAUUGGCUGGAUUCUAAACUUGUGAAGUUUGAAUCUCUACACUCAAAGUGCCUUUAUGUAGACUGUUUACCUAAAAACUUUCGAAAUUUGAGCGAAUUCAGAAAAAUAUUUUCGACUGCUGUCAGUCCUUCUUAUUGUCAGAUUGGUUUGAAAAAUUUAAUUUCUGAAGGUUGGGGUUUGGUGGAGUUUAGUAACUCGGAAGAUGCAGAGGUUGCCCAUUCAACACUGAAUGGUUAUAAUUUAAGAAAUCAGAAAAUUCGAAUAAGCUUUUGCAUACCUGGUGCUCAUGCUAUUAACCUCUACAAUGAACUAUUGAGAAAAACUGAAUCAAAAGUAAAGACUGAUCAAUUAUUACCAAAUCCAUCAAUUCAUGUGACUAAUCAAUUGUUUCAAAAUGUAUACAAAGAUGCACUGUACCAAGAAAGUGAAGUUUUUGCAACAAAUCUUCUUAAACCUCUUAUAGAUCAAAAUCGGGCUCCUAAAAGAAUAAUUGAGAUGUCUUCUAAUCAGAGUUCAGGACAAGAAGCAGCAAACAGUAUUAACGGAUUGAAUGAUCAAGAUACCAAAAAUGGUAAAGUAUUCUAUUUUUCUAAUACAUCAACUACUUUAAAACGUGAUGUAAACAGAUUUAAAGGAUUGGAUUUGUUCCAAACAAGACCUAUAGGCCUAGUAGAUAGAGAAAUUCACUUGUCUAAUAAAUCAGCUGGAAUGCAAUGUGCCACUCCAAAAAUCAAUAUUGGAAUUGCAGAGUCUACAGCUCAAUGUACAACUUUGAAUGAAAAAAUAUUCUCUCAGCAUCCACCUCCCUCAGCUCAAUGUACAACUUUGAAUGAAAACAUAUUCUCUCAGCAUCCACCUCCCUCAGCUCAAUGUACAACUUUGAAUGAAAACAUAUUCUCCCAGCCUCCAACUCCACUACCAUUUCCUCAAAAUAGUAUGAAGACAGGAGCUGAAAACAGCAACUCAUUAGCAGCAUGUCAUUCAAGAAUGAGAGCAAGCCUGAGUCCAAUGGUGCCUGUAAAUUUGCUGACACCACCACCAGAUGAAAUAUUUUGUAGGGCAGGAUCGCUGUCUGGAAGUUUGCACCAUAAUCCACCUCCAUUCUCAAUCCCUCUAUCAUCAGUUCCAGUUAUGCAUCCCUCUCAAAACCUAGAUCAGCGUUUCAACAUGCCUCCCCUAUUAUGCUUUCCUCCUCCUUGGGCUCCCCCUACACCUCCUCCACUUCCAGGCAUCCUACCCUUUUAUCAACCACAGCCUCUCUUCCCUUAUUGUGGUGCUCCAGGUAUAUUUUCGCCACAGUCACAAGCAACUAACGUCACCAUUCCACCACCCAUCAAUUCGAAUCAUAUGCCUUCUAUUGGUGAAAAACGUAAAUUUAUGCCUGAUGCAGAGCUAUAUCCUAACGAUGAAUAUGUAGGCCAGCUCUCUCAAAACAAUAAUGGUAACUAUGCAGACUCUAUUAAACAUAGCAAAACUUGAAUAAGACUAGAGGCGCCCAUCCAUGAUCAAACAAAGUAGGGCUACUCCUUUUCAACUUUAUUUUAUUUAAGAAAAAAACUUAAUGGUUGAUUUUUAUAUCUAGUUUUUAAAAGCUAAUAUUAUUAUUCAAAAGCUGGUUUUGUUUUGUAAUGGGUUUAAAGACUUGUGUCUUGAAGUUUGAGUAAAAAUUUCGUUAAACACAAGAAUUUAGUUGUAAAUAGUUGUUUUGGACAAAUAUCAUGAGUGAAGUGGAUUAUGCUAAUUAUGAAUAUAACUUUAUAGAAUAACUAAUGAUUUAUCUAUAUUAUUACUGUUAUAUUAAGUAGUAUUAUAUCUAUUCUGUUCACUCACUUAAAAAUGACAUUGUGUAAAAAUGAAAUGAGUUUUAAAAGUCGAAACAUUUUGUGAGAGAUGAAAUAAGUUGAAAAUAGGAUAGUCUACUUUGAUUUUUAUUUUUAUGUAUACUUCCAUCCCAAUAUUAGGCCUACCUACUGUAAAAAUUUUAAUAUUUUAUCUCUUUUUCCACCUUUUGAAAAAACACUUUUUAGAAUAAAAUUAUCAAAGAAACAUUAAAAAAUACAAUUAAUUUUGGUAACUUAAUAUGAAAAUAAAAACAACCUAUUCAAAAUCAUCACAUGUUUAACAAUCAGCCCAUGAAUUUGAACCCCCCUUAUUUUACAAUUUUAUAAUUUGGUUAAAAGUUGGAAUGCCUGCCUCUGCAGACAUGACAUUUUUUUAUACUUCCAUGUUGAGAUUUUGAGUUUUAAUAGAUAUGAAAUAAUAUUCUUCUUUGAUUAUCAACAGGCUAAUAAAAAACAUUGUACUGGUGGUACUUCUAGAGUAUUUCGAUUUGGAUACUAUCAAGUUAUUGAAAAUUUAAGUAAUUUUCUGAGAAUGGAAUAAUUUUCUAAAAUUGGAAUUUUAAGAAAAUUAAUCUUCAAGUUAUUCAAUCAACAUUCAACAAUACCAUGAGGAAUUUAUCUUUGAAAUUUCAUGAAUCUCACCAAAUUUGAAAUGAUUUGUUUGAAAAAUUCUAUCUUCAGCCUAAAAGAGCAGAGAUUUUGGUUAGAACAAUUUCCCAUCAAAUGUAGAAUAAUUUUGAUACGAAAAUAAUUAAUCAAAAUACUCUUUUUUAAAUGUUUUUAUUAUUUACGACAUAUGACGUUUUAUUAUUUUUCAGUUUAAUGAUGAUAAUAUAUACAUGUCAUAAAUAAUAGAAGUAUUAUUAACAUAAAGGUUACUUUAUUGAUUUUUAAUUUUUA